AUCGUCCCUGUCACAGGGGGCUCGUCCCUGUCACAGGUGGGCUCAUUCCUUUCACAGGUGGGCUCGUCCCUGUCACCCAUUAAUUCAUCCCUGUCACAGGCGGGAUUGUCCCUGUCACAGGUGGGCUCAUUCCUGUCACAGGUGGGAUCAUCCCUGUCACCCAUGAGCUCGUCACUAUCACCCAUGAGCUCGUCACUAUCACCCAUGAGCUCAUCCCUGUCGCCCAUGAGUUCAUCCCUGUCACCGUGAGCUCACUCCCCAGAUUCCAUGCCCUGCCCACGCGCUGGAGCAGUUUCCUCACAGUCCCCCUGUCCUCCCUUUCAGGGUUUUGGAAGCGCUGCUGUCACGAUGCUGGGGCCAGAGCACACGGAGUGAGCUGAGUCAGAGGCAGGAGGGCCAAACACGAAUCCGUGCACCUCUCAGCUUGCUUUGGAUGAAGGGAACAACCUGCCUUAUCUGUCCUGCACAUCCAGCCACUGGUCAGAGACACCCAGGCACAGGAGGAGAGAGAUCUGCGCUGGGAGAGGCUGUGCAGGAGAAAAAUUCCAGCUGCUUUGGUCUCUAGAGCUCCUGUGUUACAGUGCUCCUGGCUCUGCCUGUUCUCCCCAGGAUGCUGGGAAGGGUCCUGUGCACGGUGCUGUUGGUGGGAGCCCUCCCAUCCCCAGCUGCAGCAUCCCAGGGCCACAUCUCCGUGAUCUUGCUGGGAGCCACGGGUGAUUUGGCCAAGAAGUAUUUGUGGCAGGGUCUGUUCCAGCUCUACAUGGACCAAGUGAGCAGUGGCCACAGCUUCACGUUCCACGGGGCUGCCCUGGCAGCUCAGGAGGAGGGGCAGAGGCUGAUGUUUGACGUGCUGAAGAAGCUGUCCUGUCCCCCUGACGAGCCUCCCAACAGGUGUGCAGUGCUCAAGGACCAGUUCCUGAAGCUGAGCCAGUACCACCAGCUAAAGACUGCUGAAAACUACACAGCUCUGAACAGAGAGAUCGAGACCCUGCUGGGCCAGGAGGGGCUGAAGGAGGCCGGGAGGAUCUUUUACUUCUCAGUGCCUCCCUUUGCCUACACGGAGAUCGCCCAGCACAUCAGCAGCAGCUGCCGGCCCCCUGCUGGAGCCUGGCUGCGUGUGGUGCUGGAGAAGCCCUUUGGCCACGACCUGGAGUCAGCCCAACAGCUGGCUGCACAGCUGGCAGGAUUCUUCAGGGAGGAGGAGAUGUACCGGGUGGAUCAUUACCUGGGCAAGCAGGCUGUGGCCCAUAUCCUGCCUUUUCGGGAUCAGAACCGACGGUUUCUGGACCCAAUUUGGAACCGACAUCAUGUGGAGAGAGUGGAGGUUGUCUUGAAGGAGACUGUGGAUGCUAAAGGCCGCACCAGCUUCUACGAGCAGUACGGGGUGAUCCGGGACGUGCUGCAGAACCACCUCACCGAGGCCCUCAUGUUCCUCAUCAUGGAGCUCCCUGCCAACGUCAGCAGUGCCCAGGAGGUGCUGCAGCACAAGCUGCAGGCGUUGCAGUCGCUGUGGGGCCUGGACAGGAGCAGUGCUGUGCUGGGGCAGUACCAGGCCUACGACAGCCAGGUGCAGGAGGAGCUGCAGGAGGCACGGGGCCGUGUCAGCACCACACCAACCUUUGCAGGGGUGCUGAUCCACAGCGACAGCCCACGCUGGGAAGGGAUCCCUUUCCUGCUCACCUCCGGGAAGGCUCUGGAUGAGCGGGUGGGCUACGCCCGUGUCCUGUUCAGGAACAGGGCCUACUGCCCUCAGAGUGGCUCUCUGAGGGAUGCAGGGCACAGCCAGUGCAAACCCAAGCAGAUCAUCUUCUACUUCGGGCACGGUGCCCUGGGCACCCCUGCGGUGCUGGUGAGCAGGAACCUGUUCCAGCCUGCCAUGCCCAAGGACAGCUGGAAGGAAGCAGAGGCUCGGUCAGACCUGCACAUCUUGGAACAGCCCCUGUCUGAUUUCUACAUGUACAGCCCUGUGAAAGAGAGAGAUGCAUAUUCUGUCCUCAUCUCCAACAUCUACCAUGGCAGGAAGGAUUUCUUCAUCACCACAGAGAACCUGUUGGCCUCCUGGGCCUUCUGGACACCCCUGCUGGACAGCACCUCCCGCCAACCCCCCCGCCUGUACCCUGGGGGCGUGGAGAACCAGCAGCUGCUGGACUUUGAGAUGGUGAGUGGGGGACUGGCCUUCACCCUGGCAGAGCCAGCAGAGCUGCUGAGCCCCAGCAGGCACAUGCCAAGUGAUUUCAGGGCCAUCCAGUCCAAAUUCCGGCAGAGCCCCCUGGUCUCAGCCUGGGCUGAGGACCUGAUUUCCCAGCUGGCCUCAGACAUGGAGCAGGCAGCACUGAGCAGCGUGGCUCGCUCUGGCCACUUCCACCUGGCCCUGUCGGGGGGCUCCAGCCCCGUGGGGCUGUUCCAGAGGCUGGCCAGGCACCACUACAGCUUCCCCUGGCAGCACACCCACGUGUGGCUGGUGGACGAGCGCUGCGUGCCCCUGACCGACGGCGAGUCCAACUUCCAGGGGCUGCACCGGCACCUGCUGCAGCACGUCAGGGUGCCCUACCUCAACAUCCACCCCAUGCCCGUGCACCUCAACCAGCGCCUGUGCGUGGAGGAGGACGGCGGGGCACAGCUCUAUGCCCAGGACAUCGUGGCCCUGGUGGCCAAUGCCAGCUUUGACCUGGUGCUGCUGGGGGUGGGCACGGACGGGCACACGGCCUCGCUCUUCCCCCGCUCUGAGACGGGCCUGGAAGGGGCUCCCGGCGUGGUGCUGACCGAGAGCCCUGUCAAACCUCACCAGAGGAUGAGCCUCAGCCUGCCCCUCAUCAACAGGGCCAGGCAGGUGUUUGUGCUGGUGUUGGGCAAGGGCAAGCACGACAUCACCACCCUGCUCAGCAGAGUGGGCCACGAGCCCAGCAAGUGGCCAAUCUCAGGGGUCAGCCCCAGCUCUGGCCAGCUGGUCUGGUACGUGGACUAUGAAGCUCUGCUGGGGUGAUGGCUCCACAGUGUCCCUCCUGCCUUGUCCAUGUGGCCUUUACAGCCUGGAUUUUCCUACAGUGUUCCUCCAGCAGCAGCUUCAUCUCUUCACCUCCAGCCUUCUGGAAAAUCCGUGGCCUGCAGCACCUCUGACGUUUGAGCCUGGAGCUGGAGGGAGCUGGGCUCAGUGUCCAGAGCUCAGGAAGAGCCAGGAGCCCAGUGCAGCAUUUCUGGCUCUGCUCUGGGUUCUGACUGAGACUUUGGACAAAUGACCUCACCUUGAAGUGCCUCAGUUUUCCUGUCAGGCCUUUGUGCUCACUGGCACAUAACUACCUCACAGGCACUGCAGGAAACUUGUCCAAUCAGCUGCCUGCCAAAUGCUUUUAAAUUUUCUGUAAUUCUCAGGCUAAAAGACAGUAAUAGCACCUUCAUCCUCUGCCCUGCACAGUGUGGCUGGGCAGGACAAACUGCUUUUGGGGCUGUUAAAAUCAGGGUGGGGAAGGAGGACAAACUGCUUUUGGGGCUGUUAGAAUCAGGGUGGGGAAGGAGGACAAACUGCUUUUGGGGCUGUUAGAAUCAGGAUGGAAUGGAGAAGGAGGACAAACUGCUUUUGGGGCUGUUAAAAUCAUGGAGACAGGGUGAGGAGAAUGGCAGCUCAGAGAUGCUGCUGGCCAGCAGUGCAAUGAUUACUGAGGAAAAAGCUUGGAAUGCUUGGGUUUAGCUGGCAGAGAAAUCUUUUCUUUCUAAACAAAAAUGUCCACAUUAACUUCAUUCCAGUUCUUUUGUAUUUGGUGUGAGGGAACAAGUUUUAAUGAAAAACUGAGCUAUGAGAGGGUAACUGUUGUUAUGAACAGAGCUUAUUCCUGUCUUACAGGUGACUGUGGCAUUGGAGUUUUCUUAUUUUUGUACACUUGCUUGGUAACAUGUGGCUGGCACCUCUUGAAAUAAAGUGAGAGGUUUAAUUGCACUUUUAAAUAAGCACAUAGGGGUUUUUUCCCAGGGAGCUAUUGAAAAUAGGGUUUAUUUGUGAAGUCUCUAUCUAGUGGGUCACCCCAAAAUUUAUCCUAGAUUUUAUUAAAAUCCAUUAAAAGUUUCCACAUGUUUUCCUUGGUGAAUGGAGCUAUCUGGGUUGUUUGGGGGAUUUUUCAGAAGUGUAUUUUCUUUUUUCACACAGACAAUUCCUGUUAAACUCUUUAAUACUUACAUCUACUAAAUGAAAACUACAGUAAUUUCACGAUUAAAAGCUGCACUGAGUAUAAGCCGCA